UGUAGGUAACUUCUUGAAAUGAUAUAAUGUUCGAUGCUCGCUCCUUCAAAUACUAUAAUUCUUAAAAUUGAUGAAGCUAGCUGCCACAUUCUUUACAUUCGUUACAUAGUAUUAUUAGGAGGAAAGUUCAAGUUAAAUACAUAGUAGCCACUAAUUAUUCGGAGGUUCAAGCUAGUCCUCAACAACAACCAAUUUACAAAACCAAACAAAUACGAAAACACCCUAUACCGAUUCCGGGACAACACCGUCAGGCAAGGGCAUGAUGGAUAGCCUUCCGCCUGAGAUCAUACUUCAAAUCCUCGAGUUUACUAUCGUCGCCUUCUAUAACAACAAAAAUGGCCUUCUCAAGUUGCGCACUACUUGCAAGCUGUUUAACGAGAUUCUGAAACCAUAUGUCCUUCGAACCCUCCAGCUAGAGUUUACUCGCUUAGACAAGUACGAAAGGAGCUUGCGGCCGCCUCUAGACGAAGAUGCGUUGCGUCGCAUAGGACCCUUCUGCCAGGCACUCUACCUCGACAUGAUGGUGGUAAGAGAUGACGGUGAAGCUAGGCUUUUAAGUGACAUGUUCUCCAAGGUCCGCGCCAUGGAUCAAUUCGUUGCGAGAAUACGGGACGUCUAUUGUAUGAACGAAUCAUCCUUCACCGAGAUCGAAUACCGCCGCCGCCUCGGCUCUAUGCUCGAACACGCUCCCAACGUCACUGCCGUGAGACUGAACCUACCCUUCCAACUGGUGACACGAGGACAAUACAGCGCCGCCACUUUGAUCCUAGGAAAUAGCUUUGAGGCUCUGGCGCAAAGACCUGAGGAGUCCGAGACCCUCAAGACCUUGGUGCUGGAGAACGUGUCAGACAUUUCGAUAGUGAGCCUCUGGCGUAACCCCCAGGAUGUCAAGAAUAUUAUUGGCACUUUCUCCGACCUCCGCCACCUAUUCAUGUCGGUACGGCGGAAUGAGGAGGGCCAUACUCACACCAACAACUACCGCAACCGCUUGUGGGAGAUGAUAGGAAAGGCCGAAAAUCUUGAGAGCCUUUGCCUAGUAGACCUGGAGGCUGACGAGCAUGUCCGGAAGAGUAUCAAGACGUCAUCAGAGCGUAACAUGAGCCUGGAAAACUGGGAGUUCCGGUGCAUGCCUACCAUUCGCAAGCCACCGAAAGCUGUGCUCCGGAACCUCACCUUCCUCGAGCUGCGUCAAGUAGAGGUCAUGGCGUCCGGCUUACUAUCCAUGUUCAACUCUUUUGAAAGUUCACUACGGGAGUUGUAUUUAGAGGAUGUCUACCUCAAGACUGUAUAUAACACCGAGGCCCCCGAGGACGCGAACGACAUACUCUGGAUCGGCCUGCCUAAUGUACGUCCCCAGCCUCAUCAUCGCUGGAUCGCGACCUAUCUGCGACAACUACGAAUGCAGUUGCGGGUCUGCCGCGUCGCGAACCUAGGUUACGACCAAUAUGUCGUGGGCGAGGAGCCCUCUGUCGAAGACAACAGUGUCGGGGCCACGUACGAUCUGCUGGACCCGACCGGACUCUCGCGCAGCUUUUCGCAGCGCUUCGUCGAGGUUGCCACCGGAGUCAGGCAGCCAUUUGCCAACGACGGCACACCCGUGACCUACUACCCGGAGGACCCAUCGCAGGAUUCCUGGGCGCUGGCGGACCGCGAACCCUCUGGGGCGGGGCUGCGUGCCGAGGACUGGCACGCGCCGAGCUACCUCGCCUCCCGCCGCAGCCCCACGUCCGCCUGGCAGGAGAGCCUCGACGGCCUCUUCCCCAACAGCAACCAGUUCGCCAUCGACAUCCUGCACCAGUUCGCCGAUGGCGCGUACAAGGGCAUGGGGUUGCUGAAUAGUUUGCACGAUCUCGGGCUCAUUUGAGCCGAGGAGGGGAGCUAAAAAAAAAAUCAAAGUAAAAAUCAAAAUCAAAAUCAAAUUAAAGGCAAGCCUAAGGUACUAUACAAAUAUAGUACCGGCUUCUUGGGUUGGGUUCCUGGCAACAUUGAACGAUUCCCACCUGAGCUUUCUUAGGUUAUGUUGCAAACAUAAGGAGGGGGGGAGAGUUCCUGGAAUGUCGAGCAUUCCGUUUAUAUUGAUUCAUCCAGUAUACACCCGCACACCCGCAUGUCCCGUUCUUCUUAUGGUAUGGUACCUAUCUUGAGUAGACCUAGUAUGUACAUACUUCCUUCCAACUUUUUCAUGCCCCGGAUAGUGGGAAUGGUACUGUAGAGACGAUAAGUAGGCUAGGCUAGGCUAGGCGGCAGUUAAUUAGAAUAAAUGAGAUCAGAGAAUACUUGUUUGAAUAUAUGUACCUACCUUUUA